GGGCCCGGGAGGAGGAGCUCCGCGCCGCGCAUCACGGGGCGUUAGUCGCAACUACCCAAAGUAGGCGCCCCGCGCUGCCCGCUCACUGCCCGGCCCCGGCGGAGGGAUGCCAGGAGGAGACAUGGCAAAACCACUCCUAGGUCGCCGGAAUAUGGAGAGCAAUCCAGAUCUCGCCCCGGCUGCUGGCCGAACCGUAGGGAUCCUGGGAAGUGGAGACUUUGCACGCUCGUUGGCCACACGUCUGGUGUACUCAGGUUUCCAGGUGGUGGUCGGAAGCCGCAAUCCAAAGCGCUGCGCGGGCCUCUUUCCUUCAGCAGCUGAAGUAACUGCCCAGGCAGAUGCUGCAAAGAAGACGGAUGUUAUUUUUGUGGCAGUUUUCAGGGAACAUUACUCCACACUCUGUGACCUGAUGGAUGUGCUGGCUGGCAAAAUACUGGUGGAUGUCAGCAACAACACUGAAAUUAACCAUCACAAAGAAUCAAAUGCCGAGUACUUGGCUUCUCUUUUCCCAGCCUGCACUGUCGUCAAAGGAUUUAACGUGAUAUCCGCAUGGACCUUACAGUCAGGUCCCAGAGACGGGAAUAAGCAGGUCUUGAUUUGCUGUGAUAAUCAAGAAGCCAAGCGUAUAGUCGCUGAAAUUGCUCAAGUCAUGGGGUUCACCCCUGUGGACAUGGGCUCCUUGUCUUCAGCCUGCGAGAUCGAGAACAUUCCCCUGCGCCUCCUCCCAGCUUGGAAAAUCCCUGUCUUUUUGGCCCUGGGUCUCUUUCUCUGUUUCUACACCUACAACUUCAUCAGACAAGUCUUACACCCUUACAUCCGGGAACAGAAAAACAAGUUCUACAAGAUUCCAGUGGAGGUGGUCAAUAGCACGCUGCCCUGCGUAGCCUACGUCAUGCUCUCUCUCGUUUAUCUACCCGGGGUCCUGGCCGCCUCUUUCCAGCUGCACUAUGGCACAAAGUACAGACGCUUUCCAGACUGGCUAGACCAGUGGCUGCAGCACAGAAAGCAGAUUGGUCUUCUGAGUUUCUUUUGCGCAGCCUUGCAUGCCGUGUACAGCCUCUGCUUGCCCAUGCGCCGAUCUCAUCGGUAUCAGUUAAUCAACGCAGCCGUCAAGCAGGUCAUGGAGAAGAAGACUGAUGCCUGGAUAGAGGAGGAGGUCUGGAGAAUGGAGAUUUACGUCUCUUUUGGAAUAAUGGCCCUAGGCCUACUGUCAUUACUUGCCAUAACUUCACUUCCCUCCAUCGCAAACUCUCUCAACUGGAGGGAAUUCAGUUUCAUUCAGUCCACCCUUGGAUUUAUUGCCCUGGUAGUCAGCACCCUACACACCCUCACCUUUGGAUGGACAAGGGCCUUUGAUGAAAACCAGUACAAAUUCUAUCUGCCGCCAAGUUACACACUCACACUACUGGUGCCAUGUACUGUGAUCUUAGCGAAAAUAUUCUUCCAUUUGCCCUGUAUCCACCAAAGACUGCGGCGCAUUCGGAACGGCUGGGAAAAGGGAAGGUACGUGAAAUUCACACUGCCCAGUGCAACUGGUGAAUAUUCAAGCGGAGAAAGUUCCAGUAAUGUGUAGCAGAGCCUCUCUUAUUGAUGGAGAAUUUCAAAGCACUAUGAAGAUUUCUUGAGGUUUUUCAUAAUUGUGUAUGUUUGGUAUAAUUGCCUUGUGGGUUGAUAUUCAUAGUUGGUGACUUUAGAAAAAUCAGUUACUGUUAAAUUAGUUUGUGCAGUAAUAUUUAAAAUAUAUUGCUGAUUUGCUAGCAUGAUUGUUGCCUUAAAAAAUCAUCAUGACAUUUGAGAGAGCAGCUGUAAAUACAUGUAGAAAACAAAUGGAAUUCUAUGGGUCAUAUUGGUCAAUUGAGACAGUAGCUGGUGGUACUCUGUACUGAUGCUUCUCUGUUGGGGCCCCAGCUGCUCUCUUUUUUAAAUAGCUGGGGGGACAAUUUGUAUCCCAUAUAAUUAUGAAGAAAUCCUUCUGCAUGUGACCUGAUGGACCAUCGGAAUCUGCUGCUAAACCAAAACAAUGGUUCUGAGAAGUGUGAGCAGUCCCUGGGGUUCUUCCACAUGGGAAGUCGACUCUGAAGCUGAAUGAGGGCAGUAUAAAUCUCAGCGCAAACUACUUAACUCCUGCCACCACAGCAGAAACAUCCAGUGACUUGGAGAACUGUGGGAUGUGUUUCCAAACCUGACCCCCGGACACAACAAAUUGGAUGGCACAUCUCAGUAUUCACGACUUUCUCAAAUGUGGACAGUGCAUUUUUUGGUCUUGUAGAUGUGGGCGAUGCAUGUGCAUAUUUGUACCGUUGGAAGAGUUGAUUUAUUUCCAAAGGUUAUAAUAGAUUUUGAAGACAGCACUGUGCCUGAAGUGCAUUUACACCUUAGCGUAAUCUGCAGUGGUCAUUGCGACCACAAGUUCUCAGCGAUGUGAAACCAAAGUUUAGUGCAUCCCCUAAUGGAAGGAGUGUAAAGAUAACCUCCAAAAGGACUCGCAGCUUCAUGAUAUUGACUCUGGGCAUUGGGGAAACGACAGCUGCCAGCUGAAUUAGCAGUAAAUAAUGAGGCAACACUGUUUGAAACUACUCUUAUUAAACUCAAAUCAAUGUGCCCAACUACAUCUACAACAACAACUAUCAGGUGUAUUUGUUUCACCACCAGCAAUGACACAUCUCCCUCUCUGUGACAGAUCCAGUACCUCCAAAAAAUGGGACUUUACAUCUGUGAACAUUCUCACAAAGGCUAAAACUCAUCUGUCUCUGACCAAGUCUCAGUCAUGGAAUGGACACCAACGCAGCUACACAUUAUGGGCCUGAUUCUCCAGCGCCUUGCACCUUCAAGAGUCAUUUACUCAGCUACAAAGUGAGUAUCAUACACUGGCAUCAUGCGCAGUUACAUGCCGCCAUGUGUAUCAUCUCUGGCACCCUGUGACCAACUCCACUCCCAUGGCUUCCAGUUCUGAGCAAUAUUGCUCCUCCUCCUAUCAGACAAGAGGUUACCACUGGCAGGUUACUGGAGAAAGUAUAUGCCAACUCAAGCCUGCCGCUGCACAAUGACCUUUUCAAACCACCAGCUGCACGUUUGCCGUCACGUCACCCAUUAUGGUCUCAUCUGCCAUGUCAGGAUGUUAGGGCGGAAAUGUUCUGGUGAGAGGAAUGGAUAUCUGUUAUAAUCCCCAACCAGUCCCUUGUCGCCAACCCCACAAUUUGCCCGCUUGGUUUUGACCUGCCCCGUCGCCAGUGGUCCCUGUUGAACAGGUUCCAGACCGGGCAAGGUCUCUGUGCAGCCAACCAGUAUCACUGGGGCCUUCGGGACAGCCCUUUGUGCAGCUGUGGCACAACACAGACAAUGCCGCACAUUGUCGAGGAAUGCCUGCUGACUAGGGUCAGAGGUGGCUUAGAAGAACUGCAUCAUGCCACUGAAGAUGCCAGUCGCUUGGCUAGAUGACUAUGCACACGCUAAAUAAAAAUACUAGCAUUGUUUGGCAAAACUUCUCACUUACUUGGCACAGGGGUGAAUGAUGCCCACACUCUGUGCAAGGCAGUGGAGAAUCAGACUAUAUUUGUUUUUCUUUAUCACAACGAUUGUUCAGACUGUCCACAGUCUAAAUUAAUACACCACUCUUGAUUGAAAACAAACCAAUGUCGUAGAUGCUUUACAACACAUACAAAUCCACAGUCUUUGCCCCAUAGAGAUUACAACUUGUCUGUCUACGACGACUGCCAUACUUUACAACAGAUCCUUUAAAAAGGAGAAUCAAGAGGAAAUAGAAGAAUUACAUCAAAGUAUGAUUCAUAGAUUCAUAGAUUCUAGGACUGGAAGGGACCUCGAGAGGUCAUCGAGUCCAGUCCCCUGCCCGCAUGGCAGGACCAAAUACCAUCUAGGUGAUGUUAGGAUCUGGUUGUAAUAGCCUUGUUUCCUACAACGGAGUAAAGUACACAAGUUGCUGUUGGACAGUGCCUUGAAGAUAUGACAGGUGUCAAUACCUGAAUCACCCGAGAAUUUUUAAAAGUUGCUGCUGAUCAGAACUUGCAGUUCAGCCUUAAACUGUUGGGGAGAGUAAGACUUACAAGCUGUUACUAAUAGUCCCCCGAUGAUAUUCAGGUAUUUCUGCUGUUGUGUAAGAAUCACCCUGGAAUCUCAAAACACCAUGUCUUCCUGCUAAAUAAAAGGAAAUCAAGACAAGAGUCAGUGUGCUGGAUUUCACAAUCACAUGAUAAUUCCUUCAAUAAGAAGGGAGUUAUUGUGUGUCCCUGUUGUGCCUUUCAGGGCAGGGAGAAUUAUCGAGAACCCCUCCAUGCCCAGAUCAUUAUCUGCUAACAUUACUCACAAAGCAGAUAGAUUUGACAGUAAUAUGUGCAACUGAAUGGCAAAUUACAGCUUCUGCGAGAGGUCUGAGCCAAAAUCACCUCUGGUGUAAUUCCAUCCACUUCAAUUUAACUCCUGGAAGUGGAUUUGAAUUCAGUCCACUUACUCAUUCCAGCCUCCUGCUGUAUUUCAUCAUCAGGCAAAGCCAACAUAAAAUCACUAGUUUUCACAUUUUCUGGCUAAGGUAAAGAAUCCUGAUUCUGAUGCUUAUUCUCACAUCUGUGCUUCCUCUCACUCCUCUGCAGCAGGCAACCUGAUAGACUGCUACACUGUUAGCAAAAAAAGAGGAGAGGGAGAGAAAGUUGCAUGAGCCUUAGGUAUCAGAGGGGUAGCCGUGUUAGUCUGAAUCUGUAAAAAGCAACAGAGGGUCCUGUGGCACCUUUAAGACUAACAGAAGUAUUGGGAGCAUAAGCUUUUGUGGGUAAGAACCUCACUUCUUCAGAGGCAAAGCCUUAGGCUUUGUCUUCAGUGUGUGUUUAAAAAAAACAAAAAAACCUUUUUUUUAUAUAUCAAGAUAACUUUUGCACUGAGACAUAGGGUUUGACAUCAACAGGACCACUCACAGAGCAAGAAGUGGUAGGGCUGAACCUGUAGAGUCAGGGGUAGUCAAUAGGUGGGCCGUGGGCCAAAUCCGGACCACCAGUCACUUUUGAUUGAACCCCAAAAUAUUUGUACUUACUUAUUAUGGUUAUUGUUGGGUUUCUUAUUAUUUUCUUUGGAGUCUGGAUCUUGCCUUUACCUUGACCAAGAAAUUUGGACCUUGACAAAAAAUAAAAUUGACUACCCCGGGACCAAUUUCUCUACCUACAGAACGUAAGUCCUAACUCGUGCAACUUUCAGAAUGGCUCUACCCUUCGGGGUCUAUAUCCUAAAUCCUCGAUACUAAAAUUUUGAAUAAUUUAUUCUGACUUUGUAGAAAUAAUAAUUUUUAAAAAGUGUUAAGAAAACUUUGGAAAUGCUCUUUGCCUUUUUAACGUCUUUCCCCACUGCAUUAUUUGAUGUAGCUAGGGGGUUGAGGAAUGUUAGCUUAAACAUUUCCUGGUUACUGUUAUUACUUUUGUACUUGGUGUUUGUAUAUUUGUUGCAAGAUUUAUAGCUGAAAUGGCAAGCUGUUUGUAUUUUUAUUUUCUGUUUUGCUUACUUUGUGCCUUUGGGGUAUAAGAACCUAUUGUAAAGCUGUGAGAACAGGGCCAGUUUUAAUCCUCUUUCAUCAUUGGCCUCUUAGUCUUACAAUUAUAGCUCUAUAAAGCUAGAAUGAAUGUGCCUGUAUAAUGGCACCAUUACUCACUCAUUCUUGUGUGCUGUCUCUUUUUCUAUAGACAAUACAAUGUUAAUCUAAAGUAUCUUUCUAUUAAAUAAAGCUAUCAAUAAAGCCA